AUGGCUUCCGGACAUGGUAGAUCCGUAGGGUUAGGUGCAGGCAGCACUCGGGGCGGCGCACCAGGUUCUCCACCACGACCUAUGGAGGGGCGAGUAGGGGAUGGACCUGGAGGAGCCGGCGCUUGCUUCAUUGGGGGGUUUCUUUCCGUUGCGGCGCCGACAUCUCGUCAGUCUUUCCGUUACGACGGCCCUCGACCCCCUCCUUCGGGGCAGACGCUGCCAGAGAGUGUCAGUGAGGAGGAGGAUGAGGAUGAGGCGGGUGAGGGCGAGGAGGGUGAGGAGAAUGAGGGGAGCGGGGAUGACAGUGAGGAGGGGUGGGAUCCCGAGAAGCAUGGUGGUGGGGAAGGGAGGGAUGAUGAUGAGGAUCAUGAGAUGGAUGAUUUAGAGCCAGAAGAGGUGCAGGAGGCGGUGGGGGAGGAGGUGGGAGAGGGGGGUGGAGUAGGGGCGGCGACAGAGGCGGGAUCACAGCAUGUGGCUGAAGGUGGAGGGAGCGUGGGGGUUAAGGUGGGGAGAAAGCCCGCGUCCUUGGCGGGUCCGAGGGUUAGGAAGAAGGCCAACAAAGUGAGGGAGCGGGCGUAUCCCGCCACGUUCACUGGGGAGCCCUUGGGGGAUGGUGUGAUCGCUCCGGAGUUCCUAGACGAGGACGGAGGGUCAGAGAGUAGUAAGGGGACUGGCAAGGGGAGUAAGAAACCGGGGUGGCAAGUUAUGAUGUUCGGACCGAAAGGGGCAGACGAGAAGCGCCCGUGCAAAAUUUGCACAGACAGGAUUUCGUGGAAGCAAUCCACAACCACACCCGGCGAGCGGCACUUCGCGAGCUUUCACACCGCGCACAUGCACGUGUGGUUUCACCGUUACCACACGCCGUCCAUUCAGUUGCCAGGGGAGACGUUUCCGCGUGGGGGCUACAAGGGUGUGCCGGAUGGCUACGUCGAACGGUGGCCGCAUGCCAAGACUUGGCCGCACCUGGCCAAGCAGAAAGGGAAGGCGUUUGGUGGAGGUCAGGGGUCAGGCGGGAUCGAGCGGUUCAUGACAACCAAGCUGACCUCUGUGGAGCUACGGCAGGCGAUCGCCAAGCUCGUGGUCACCUGCGACCUCCCCUUCCGCAUCGUCGAGGCCGAGGCUUUUCGGGAGCUUUUGAUCCUCCUAAACCGCAACUGCGCGCAGAAGAACUUCAUCCCCUCGCGCUGGACGGUUUCCCGCGACACUGUGGUCUAUGCAGCUGCCGCACUCCAGUCAGCCAUUGCGGAGAUGCUGGCGAAGGAGGGGGAGUUGGGGUGCAGGGUGUCGUUCACCAUCGACAUGUGGACGGCACCCAACAACAGGGCAUGGCUAGUGGUGACUGGUCACUGGGUAGACGAGAACUUCCAGCUGCGCACAAUGGUGUUUGAGUUCCGCGAGAUUCACGGGCGGCACACGGGCAAGCAGAUGGCGAGGGUGGUAGAGGAGACGGUGGUGCAUUGGGGGUUGGAGGGGCGCUGUCUUGGUUUCACCUCAGACAACGCCUCUAGCAACGUUGCUGCAUUCAGGUGGAUGUCGGAGGAGGGAGGUGGUCAGUGCUUCUUCAACUCGCGCAUGCACUUCCGGUGCUUGGCACACGUGAUCAACCUUGCAGUGAAGGCAGCUCUCGCAGUGGCUGCCAUCCGCAAGUUGUUGCGGAUUCUGAGAGAGAUGGCGUCGUGGAUUGGCUUCUCUCCGCAGCGCUCAGGGAAGUUCUUGGGCCUUCAGCGGACCCUGAACGCGCAGGCCAACCCCGCCAAACCGAAGCCGGCGUUGAAGCUGGUGCAGGACAGUCCCACGCGCUGGGGGUCGACCCACGACAUGGUCGAGCGAGCUGGGGUUCUGCAGGAACCCAUCACUGUCUUCUUUGCCCAGACAAAGGGACUGUCGAAGGCUGACAAGGCGAAGGUGGAUAGCCUGCGCCUAACGGACGCAGACUGGGAGACUCUGCAUGCUGUCAAGACGUUCCUCAGCCCAUUCGCAAAAGUCUCAAAGGCGGCGGAGGGUGCGGCGUACCCUACAGUGGCGAUGGUGCUGCCGUACUACAACGGCCUGAUCGACGCUAUGGAGUCGCGCCUUGCCAAGGGGCCAUCGGCUACGCUGAAGCCGAUGAUUGAGGCAGCGCUGGGUCUCUUGAAGAAGUAUGAACUGAUGUCCAGCAACGAGUUGUGGAUCGCCACCUUCCUGGAACCUUCCAUGAAGGCGGCGUGGUUCGACGACCCGCACUGGGAGACGCUGCAUCCCGAGACCGACCGGAGGGCGAGGCCGCGUCCCUCGUCAGGCGAGGUGAUCCAGCUGGUACGCGACCGCGUGACCGAGUACCAGGCCCGGGCUGCAGCGCUUGCACCUCGGCCGACCCCACUUGCCACUGUGACGGAGGAGGAGGAGGGGGACGCGGCGGAUGACGACGAAGACGCGCAGUUUCUCCCGAGUCGCCGACGACUAGCGGCGCAUCUGUCAGCGAGCCAGGAGGCGGGGAGGGGUGGGAUGGUGCAGGAUGACGAGGUUAGCAAGUACUUAUCAGAGAGGGUGCGGUGCGACGUGUCAGCGCUGGAGUAUUGGCGCACCGCCACCAACAUGCAGACGCUGAGGCGCAUGGCCCGGGAUUAUCUCGCCAUCCCUGCCACGUCCGCUUCGAGCGAGCGCGUGUUCUCCCUCGGCCGCAACCUCAUUUCCUGGAAGCGGCACCGCCUGGCCUCUCAGAGGACGCGAGCUGUCAUGAUUCUCAAAUCAUGGUACAGUUCACACCCUGGACAGAGGAUAGGCGAGGGCCGCCGUGCAAAGGGCGUCGCACCGCCAGAGUUCGCCAUUGAAGGCGAGGGGGAGGAGGAGGACGACGAGGAGGAGGAGGAGGGGGAGGAGGAGUGGGAGGAGGAGCAGGAGGGGGUGGGUGCUGGCGACACCGCUGGCGGGGAGCAGGCUGUUGUUGGUAGUAGCAGUGGAGUUCAGUCGUAG